UUCAGACUUAACAAAUAAGCAGGUGGUAACCAGCCUCAUUUCUUUGUAUGCACAAGUGGUGAUCUGGUUCUGUCGAUCCAGUCUCCUUCCCGAGGGUUUAGAUGAUCACAUGCAUUUGUCUAGACCUUUCUACAAUUACCCUCUGAUUCAGAGCUACUAUACGGGUCACCGACAGAAACUCGAGCAUUUAUCAAGAGGAAAAUGGGAUUCUGACUGCUUGAUGAUUGAUGGAAUGGUUUCCCAGUUGGGAGAGCAAGUGGAGAAGUUGUGGCAGAGAGAUGAAGGCGGCACUGGGAAAUACCCACCUGUUAGUUUACAUGCACUGCUGGAUCUCUAUUUGCUAGAAAGCAUUGAAGAAAGUGACAAACAUGCAAUUACAAUUUACUUGCUGCUGGAUAUAAUGCAUUCCUUUCCAAAUAAAACAGAAACUUCAAUUGACUCCUUUUCAACUGCCUUUGCUGUCCCUUGGGGUCUUGUUAAGCUGAUUCAAGGGUUUUGGCUCCUAGAUCACAAUGAUUAUGAA